GCGGAGGAUGAGCGGAGAGGAGGAGGAGUAGAUGUGGAGCUCGACAGGAUGUGAAGCACCUCGCAUGAGUCGCUCCCAUAUCCUUGAGCAUGUGAACAUGCCGGCAGCGUUGUGUUGCGGGUAUAGGCUGCUGGUUAGCUGCACGGCUAACUCGUCCUGAGGGGUGGAGGACACUGAGGCGAGAAGGACAAGGAUAGGAUCGUUGGGCUGAGGCUGACAUAGGAUGAAGACUACUCUAGAGGACAGAGUGCACAAGAUCAUCUCCUCAGAGGACUCGUGCAGAGCCAUCAUCGAGGUGCGCAAGACCAAAAACUCCCACCCGAGGGUCAUUGCUGUUAUAUGCCCUCUCGACUCGACGAGCCACACGGAAUGCGCUCUGUUCACGUUCAAAUCAAGAGUUUUCAGCUCCAAGCUCAUGAUUCGAAACAUCGUGCCCAUCCUCAUGGACUUCAAGGCUGAGCUGCUGGGCGACGGUCAGUUCGAGAUAAGUUUUCAGAAGAAGAACAAGCUUAAGAAAGUGGGUUACGUGUGCCAGGACGUCGCUUUUCUAGGCUCAUUCCUGCAGACUCUCUUGAAUGCUCAGCAGAUCGCCAGCUCUUGCAAGUUUGACACUCUCAGCGUAGCCACAGGCAAGUCGCAUGCAUGGGUGUUGGCGAGGUACAGCGAAGAAGACCAGGCUAUCAAGCACGUUUACAACAUCAUCCAGAUGAACGUGACGGGCAAACUUUCGACACAAGAUGGGUUUUCUCGAACAGCGUCAGGCGCCAACGCGCAGCUCAGCAUCGACCCGAUCAUCGUGUCGUUCCUGACCGGAGCCGCUCGCUCGGAGUGGAUCCACCGGCAGCUGAUGCAACGGGAGGAUGAAUUCACGGAGCUGAGGCCAGUGUCUGUCAAGAUCUGCUCGUGGAACGUCGGGGCCGUUCAAGGCCCGGUCUCUGCCUCCCAACUGCAGCAGUGGUUGGGAAAGGACAACGAUUGCGACCUGAUCUCCGUGGGCCUGCAGGAAGUGGUCAAACUCAACACCAACGCACUCAUGGUCAAGGAGUCGUCCUCCGAGAGCCGAGCGUGGCUGGAGGCUAUUUCCAGCGCUAUCGGUGUGCCAGACAAGUACAUGGUCCUGGUGUCAAGGCAGUACGUUGGCAUCUAUCACUUCCUCGCGGCCCGGCGAGAGCUUCUUGUCAACGGUGUGAUCCGGGAUGUACAGUGCAAGGCCGCCGGCUGUGGCAUCUUGGGUCAGUUUGGCAACAAGGGAGCAAUCUCGAUCAGGGCAACUGUGUACAACUCAGGGAUCUGCUUCGUCUGCUCUCACCUCGCCGCAGGGAAGACGCAGGUAGCUGCUGAGUCUGGCGGAUCUGACUUGCAUCAGCUAUCGUCCAGCUCCCUGAGCUCCAACGAUGGGUCGUCCAUCGGGCCUGACGGCGGUAACUACUCCGAGUACUAUCCGACAGACGUGCCGGCUACGAUCGAGGGGCAUGACAUCAUAUUCUGGUACGGAGAUCUCAACUAUCGGAUAGAGGCAGGACGGCAAAGGGUCCUGGAGUUGAUUCAAGGAGGGAGCCUGGAGGAGCUCUACAACCUGGAUCAACUUUUCCAGCAGAGGAUGGAAGGGAACGUGUUCCUCGGAUACAAAGAGACUCGCCCCAACUUCUUGCCCACGUACAAGUAUGACGCUGGGACUGAUGACUAUGACACCAGCGAGAAGCAGCGAGCGCCGGCAUGGUGCGAUAGGAUCCUUUGGAACUGCAAGCGAGGGUCUUGCAAGCAGGAGCAUUAUGCUCGGCACGAGCUGACAGCGUCCGAUCACCGACCAGUGAGUGCCAAGUUCAACCUCGAAGUGACGAGGGUACUCACAGACAAGCUCUCGCAAGUCGGCGAGCAAGUCUCACGGUCGCUGGAUCACAUGGACAACCAGUGCACACCCAACGUUGAGCUCGACAUUAAGUCCAUCAACUUCUACGACGUUCACUACCGCUGCACCCAGAAGCAGUCCGCCAUGCUGAGGAAUACAGGGCAGGUGUUCGUCCACUACAGGUUUAUCCUCGACUUCCUCAAAGAAAACUCGGCCAAGAGGUGGCUGUCUAUCGAGCCGAGGUACGGGCUUCUCAUGCCGGGCGAGUCGAGGUCGAUCACGUUCAAGGUGCGGGUAGGGGACGAGGCAGCACGAGUGCUGCGCGGCAUCAAGCAGGAGCUCCAGGAGACCCUCGUGCUGCAGGUGGAGGGAGGAAACACGCUCUUCGUCAGCAUCACCGCCCGGUGCCUGGCAACGGCCUACGGGCGAGGGCUCGAUGAACUCGUCACGCACCGGUAUCCCAUCCGCUACUCGGGGAUACACGUUGACGGCAAGUCGGGCAAGGUGAUGCCGCUGCCCAAGGAGGUAUGGAGGUUGGCAGGAGCCAUCUUCGAGCGCGGGCUGAAGGACGACAACAUCUUCCUCAAGUACGGGGAGCCAAAGGAGUUGCUGGAGAUCAGGGAGUGUGUGGACACUGGUGCUCCCUUCGCCGACCACCUGGCUCCCGCCUCCUUCGCUGCUGCCCUGAUCCAACUGCUGAGGAGCCUGCCGAACCCAGUGAUUCCUCCGGAGGUUCGGGUGGAGUGCGUGAAGCAGCAUCAGUCCAAGGAAAGGUGCUUCCGGAUCCUGUCGCAGAUGCCGCCGAUCAACCUGUCGGUCCUGGUCUACCUCGUUUCCCUGCUGCGCGAGCUCCUCAAGCACAGAGAGGAAAAUAAGCUCUCCCCAGAGACUCUUGCAUUGAUCUUCAGUGCGGUGUUGAUGUACCCGGAGACCGUCGAUCUCUCAGUGGACGAUCCUUCCUCUGAAGGGGAGCUGAUGACGAUCUCCGACGACAUCGAGCCUCGGGCUGAUCUCACCAAGGAGCAGGCGAUUCUCCUGCACUUGCUGAGGAGCGAUGGAUGA